AUGGAAACCGGGAGAAAUGAGGUGCCGACGGGUCGACCGUACGGGUUUGCAUCCCAUUUGCGACGGUACGGCGCCACGCUCGCGGAACACAAAAAUUACGGCCGUAACGAAUUUCUGACGACAUUGGCGGAGUGCCAGCAAAAUCUGGGCAUUGAGGGACGAGCGGACAGUAUGGAAAAGCAGUUUGACGAAGAUGGGACUGAAAUUGAGGAGAACGACACGAGGGUUGAGGUAAUUUAAAGUGAAAUGGGCGGAUGAAAAUGAAAAUGUAUUUUUUUCAGUGGCAGAAACUCGCGUGCCCGAAAUGCGAUGCAAAGGCGGAACACACGAGAGCAUUGCUGAAUCAUCUCGUCGAAAGUCACGGAAAGGAGCAGGACAAGAACUGGUACGCCGAAUUCAGAACUGUCGGGAAGGAGAUCAAAAAGAUGAUGGAGUCGGCCAUCGAGGUGCAAUCGUCGAGCAGUUACGUGAAGAAGUGAGUGGACCUUGAGAGAACUAGACAAACAGCCCAUAUGUUCAGAAAGUUUGAAAACUCGAAUGACUUGCUUGUCUGCCCGGCCGAUUCGCCGCUCACUCCGUUUUUGUUAAUGAGACAUCUGCAAGUGUACCUGGAUGAGGUGCCACUCACCGUAGCAGAAGGAAUCUCUCUGAAAAUGCAGGUAAGAAGUCUCAGUGCAUAUGCGUUGACUUACCAGUUCACAAGUCUAAGAUGGCCGACACCAGCUACACUGUCAUCUUUACGUUCCAAAAAAUCGAAAGAAUCCGUCGUAGGAUCAGCAAAAUUCAAGAGAAGAAAGCUCUAGAAAGGUAUGCGUUCCGGACAGUCCUCCUAGUGAAUAGUGAAUUAGUUUGUUACAGAAGACUGAGAGAGUUGGAAUCACAGUGUGACAGAGCAUGGAUUGCGCAGAACGACGUCGCUUUCAAAAAGACGAGAACGCCGGAGGAAACGAGAGUUCUCACGAAGGCACUCGGUCUUCCCGUCACGUGUUCUUACGAAGAGAUUGCGAAGAAAGUGAAGGAAAUGAAAUCGAAGCACGAUGAGUUGAAGUAAGUAUCCUGCACAGAAUCGGUACUGAUUGUCGUUAGUUCGUUUUGCAGCAAUGUUUAUUCGAACAGUAUCAAAGCGGACGGCCAGCUGAUGACUGCCGAGGAGAAGAAGCUCAUCUCGUCGCUCACUUCCAACUUCAUGGUUCCAAGUGAAGGAAAACGGAGAACUACGUACAAACCACCUGCGGAACUUGUCAAAAAGAAGAAGAAGGAAACCAGCACAUAG